AUGGCCGAGGCUGCAACUGCAAGAGCAAAUUUUUUCCCUGGUUCAGGGACAUUGGUUUUUAAUGUCCGAUUCAGGGAGACUACGAUUCAAAUCAUCGGAUUCAUAAACUGCCACUUUCAUCAUCCAACUCAUCCAGAAAUGAUCAUAACUUCUCGCCAAGCCAUCUUCGCAUUCAUCACUGCGGUGGUGGUCAGUUUCCUCCAGCUCAUGUAUCAAGGCAAAGGCGAAUCGCCAUUCAAAACUCGCCCGAAGACCAUAUGGGCUGCUAUUGCAAGUUUGUUCUUGUACUGUUUGUCACACGAUGCCAAGCUAAGGUCUUCGGCUAUUAAUCGCAGUAGGUUUUCCGCGCAUCAACCAGUUGCUUAUAUGGGGAUGGCAAUCUUUGGUCCUUUGUCCUUGGCAUCCAUGUCAUCUCUGCUUUUCCCUGGAAAUUUUGGGCCAUUUUUAUACUUGGCAGCCAUUUUAUAUUCUAUCAGUUUAAGUCCCAUAUGUUUGGUUAGAAAGGCCUGGAAUUGGUUCGAGGCUAUGAAAGAAAGCAGACUUUAUGGUCAAUAUGAUCAUGAUGAAAGAAGAAAAGGAUCAGUUCAGAUACCCUGGUUUGGUGAACAUCACAUAAGUUGCCAAGUCGAUCCACUUCCCCCCGUGUAG